AAUUUUUGCUUUUCGUUUUUAACAAUUAAUUUUAGUACCAGAAUAAAUAAUUUUAAACUGAAAUUUAAAGAGGCAUAGCUCGGAAACGGUUUCAAAUAGACCUUUCAAAGAAGGUAUCACUUGACAACCCCUCCUAAUUUAAAAUAUUUAAAAGGGUGCUCUAAAAUUAAAAUUAUUAAUAAUACUCUGCAUUUAAUUUCUAUAUUACACAAAAUUAACAAAUGACCAUUAACAAGACAUAGUAUAAUUGGACAAGAUAAGCCACUAAACUAAUGACUUAACUCCAAAAUCAUGCAAUUUUUGUGAAGAAAAACAACUAUUUUAAUUAGGCAACCACACUACAUCCUGAUAGCUAAUAAACCUCCCAAGCUCUUAACCAAAAUAAAAACCAAAAGUAUCCUUUAAACAGCACAUUUUGGGGAUCGCUGGUCUGAAAAACUCUUAUAAAACGCACUUGGCCCGUCCCAAAAAUUCAUUUCUACUCUUCGUACCAUCAAAAAUGGAUCGACCAGAAUUCUACUCAAAAAACAAGAAUUUACAGACCACAGAUAACAUUUAUGUCAUCGAUAAGUAUUUCGAUUUAAUCGCGUUCGAUCAUGAUCGAAGUCAUACCGCGUUAGAUUUGGGGUGCGGGGACGGUUAUACCACCUCGCAAAUUCUAUUGCCAAAAUUGCCAAAGAACGUAAAGAAAUUGAUAGGAGCGGAUAUCAGUGAAAAUAUGGUGAGUUUUGCGAAACAACUUCAGGAUUCCAGGCUGGAUUUUCACCGUAUGGACAUUGAGGAUGGCGACAGUUGUUUGGAGUUUAAGGAAGCGUUUGAUCAUGUAUUUUCCUUUUAUUGUUUACAUUGGAUACCCAACCAGAGAAAAGCCUUUCAAAACAUCCAUCGUGUCCUGAAACCUGGCGGAGACGUUUUGCUAAGUUUCCUCGGCACAAAUCCGAUUUUCCAAGUCUACGAGAGCAUUUCCAAGAACAUCCAUUGGGCGCCGUAUUUCAGAAGCGAAAUGGUGUCUCCAUACCAUAACUGUGAAAAUCCUGCAGAUGUCAUUGAGAAACUAUUAAGGGAAAUCGGAUUUAAAGAGUGCAAGUGCAUUGUUGAGGAUCGGAGGUUCGUGUUCGAGAACUGGGCUCAAUUGAAAAAAUCAGUUAUAGCAGUCAAUCCCACGCUUCCACUCCUAUCCAGAAGCGACCGAAUCCAGUACCUGCAGGACUUCACAAAAGAAGUGAACUUUAUCUACGGUCGCAAUUUAAAAUUGAGCGAAAAUGAUAAUGACCAGAAAAUUCCUGUAGAAUAUAAGUUAAUAAUCGUAUAUGCUAAGAGAGUAAUGUGAAUAAUAUAUUAGUUUUAGUACCUAGAUAUGAGGCCUAAUCUUUUUUUUUAAGUAAAAGUAUAUGUAGAAAUAUUUUUAAUUAACUUAUUUUUGUAAACUAUUUUUAUAUAAAGAUUUAUUUACGUUUUUAAAUAUAUUUGUUAUGUGAAUUAUA